AUGUCCCAGAACCAGCAAGCCGAGUUCGCGCGCGGCGAAUCGGGUACUCAAUCCCCGCCGAUGCAAGACAAUGCACCCAUGGGCGCGUCUUCCAUCCGCGGCGGCAACGCCGGCGCAGUGCCGGACCGCGAGCAACGUGAUGCUUACUUCAACGAGCCAAGCGGUGACACACGCGACGAGAACUUGGGGCGUGAUAACUUCACGACCUCGGCGACUGCGUCGACACCUGUCCGCCAGCUGAACGCUGCACAGCAAGAGCGCGAGCAGCCAAGCGGGAACCAGUUUGCAAGCAGUGGCGCAAGCACAGGACCUUUCAAGGAAACCACAGGCUCUGGCGCGAUGCGUGACAUCCUCAGCAGCGAAGAGCGCAUUUAG